AUGAUCCAUCAAGACUCUGAAAAGCCAGCCUUUGUGCACGACCCAAGUCCUCAUGAUACCAUGGACAAACGUUUAGAGGCUACUGAUAAUCAGGUUUAUGAAACCAAGUUUGCCGCUCUUGGACGAUGGGCCGUCGCAAAGACCUUUUGGAAGACAAUGCUCUUCUGCAUGAUCCUGAACUGGGCAGCUUUGAAUGAUGGAUUCCAGCAACAGAUUCCGGGUAACGUCAUCCCCAUGCAGGCCUUCAUCAACGACAUGGCCGAUACCACCAUCAACGGCGAGCCAGCCAUCAGCGCUCGAGUCGUCUCAUUCUGGCAGGGUUUCGCAGAGAUGUCAAAGACUCUUGGAAUGUUCACCGGUGGCUUCUUUGCCGAUCGCAUCGGUAGAAAGAAAGCUCUAUGCGGCGCGAUCGUUAUUCUCCUCGGCGGCUCGAUUGCAGAGAUUACGGCCUCGGACUGGAAGAGUUGGCUCGGCGCUGCUGUCCUUGUCCGUCUUGGGGUUGGACUUGCGCAGUCGAUCCUCGUCACCUACGUCUCCGAGCUCACACCUUUCCAAAUUCGAGGAAUAAUGAUUGGAGCAUACCAGCUCUGCCUGGCCUUUGGACAGCUCAUCAGUGCAGUUGCUACCCAACUCAUCACUGUCCAUCAGCCAACAAAAUGGAGACCCUUGAUUGCUACUGAGUUCAUUUUCACUGGCCUCCUCAUCCUCAUGGUUUGGUUUGUUCCAGAGUCCCACAUCUACUACGCUCGCAAGAGUCAGCACGAGAAGGCCAAGGCAUCAAUGUCAAAGCUCUACGGAAACGUCCCCGAGUACGAUGUGGAAUACGAGUACCGCGUCAUUCAACAUGGUAUUGAAGCAGAAAGACAACUGAGCCAGUCAUCCGAGACCGCAUCCUUCUUCGAGAUCUUCGACAAGCAUAACUGGCGUAGAACCUUGGCCGGAUGCUUGGGUAUUUGCAGUCAAUGGGCGGCAGGAGCACCUAUCGUCUUUUCAUACUCUACGUAUUUCUUCGCCGUUGCUGGUCUGAAAGACCCCUUCCUUGUGACAAUCAUCACCUUUGUUCUACUCAUCGUCGCCAUUGUCUCCUCACUCAUCGCAUGCGAGUUUAUAGGCCGCAGGCCACUUCUUGUUGGUGGAUGCUUUUGCAUGAUGAUCUUCAACAUUGGCCUUGGAACAUCCGGAUUCUUCAAGAACGCAUCCGCCGACAAGGCAGCAUUGGGAUUCCUCCUCCUCUGGGUUAUCGCCUACGGCUGCUCUGCUGGUCCAAUUGGAUUUGUCGCAGCUGGUGAAACCUCGACACCUCGCCUCAGAGCUCAAACCACAUCUUUCAACCUUGGCUGCUACGGUCUCGGCUUUGUUGUUUUCCAGUGGACCGUUUCAUACAUGAUCAGCCCGGAUGCUGGUAACUUGGGAGUCAAAGCUGUCUUUGUCUGGGCUGGUCUCUUGUUGCCAACCACUAUUCUCCUUUGGCUAUUUUACCCUGAGACCUACGCUCGUACCUACUGGGAGCUUGAUGAGCUUUAUGCGCGUAACAUUCCUGCCUGGAGGUUCAAGAACACACCAACUCUGAUUGAUGAGACUGGUGGCAAGAGUCACGCCCUUAUGUCUAAGGGAGUCAACAAUACUCUAACUCAUUAA